GUCAUGGUUUGUAACCGCUGCCAUGGUGGAUUCAGAUGCUUGUAGCCUUCCUCCGUUCUGUCGGUCCCAGUUUGCAUCCAGAUCCUGCUCUGCAUCUGGACUCUGUAAGGAAAGGUGAUUGGAUCGGACCAAGGUCAGGACCAGGUUGGCGCAAACCCCCAUCCGGACAUGAGCUUCAGUGAAUGCUGAAAUGGACCCAGAAACUGGAACUGGUCCGAGGCUCCGGUCGGCCCUGGUUUUUGUCUCCAUCGUGUGUUCCGAGCAGACUGGGGUAUGGAGGAGCUAAUCCGGUCCGGGAGGCAGGACUAGCGGCCGACAGGGUAAUUCAUCAGGUUCCGUCCCGGUUCUGACCAUGGCAGCCAAAUCCGACGGGGUCCUGAAGAUGACGAGGAGCGACGUGGCCUUCACCCUUCUGCAAAACUCAGAGCACUCCGGCUCGGUGCAGGGGCUCCACCCAGGGGGAGCGGCGGACUCCGGGGGUACCGGGGACGGGGACCUGGUGAACGGAGAGUCGCGGUGCUGCGUCGGCCCCGCCUCGCGGUGCCUCCGCCCGGGCCAGCUGCUUCAGCAGUUCUCGGUGUGGGACUCUCUGUGGGUCGUGGCCGCAGUGGCCGUGUACCUGGCUGAUGUUGGAACCGACGUGUGGCUGUCCGUGGACUACUUCCUGCAGCGGGACUACUGGUGGUUCGGCCUGACGCUCUUCUUCGUGGUGCUGGGCUCGUUCUCGGUGCAGCUCUUCAGCUUCAGGUGGUUCGUGCAUGACUUCGGUACCGAGGACAGCGCCGAGUCCGCCGUGGACUGCUCCCAUGUGGACGGGAACAAGCUGCUCUCCGGCUCGGCCUCUCACGGGGACGUUACGGCUCCUCAGCAGCCGGCCACUCCGCAGAGGCAGGCCUCCACCGCCAGCAAAAACACCACCAACAAACCAUCCGUCUACUACUCCUUUUGCAUCUGGUUCGGCCAGUCCGUCAUCCACAUCCUGCAGCUGGGUCAGAUAUGGAGGAGCACCACAACUUCACCAUGAAACAACAAAUGG